UUCAGUUAUUCAGUUAUUGUUUUUCAUCAAUUGUAUGGGCAUUGGGAAUUUUGUUUUUGUUAUUUAGUUUUAUUUUUACAUACACCCAUACAACCUGUUUGAAUCUAUACACAUUCUUCUAUUUCAUCGUACAUAGGGAAUAGGUAUAUAGUUUUAGACUUUUUCUUUUGAUAGUACCUAUAUUAAAGGGUUGUUGGUGAAAUCGAACCUAAAAAAUAUAUUAUCGAUUUUAAAUUUUGUUUUUUUACAUUUCAAAACUGUUUACAUUGAGUUCAACUUAUACUCUAUAACUCAUACUUUUGUAUUACAUAUUUAUUUGAAAACAAUGGUUUACUCAAAUACAUUUUUAUUAAUAGUUCUCAUAGCUUUUAUUUCCAACAUAAGAUCUGCUUUAAGUAUAUCAUGUUACCAAUGCAACAGUACCGACAUCAAUGAUCAAUUUCGUUGUACAGAGUUCAUGGAUACAUACGGCCUAGACCCCCAACCCUGUACAAGUGUUUAUAAUGCUGCUUAUUGUGUGAAACUGAUAGGCCGCUAUGAAGGAGGACUUGGAGUUACACGUUACUGUUCAUCUUAUAAUUUAGGAAAUUACUGCGAUUAUGUUCAACGGCCAGGUGAUGUAUUAGAAUAUCGAACAUGUGUUUAUACUUGUGAUUCUGAUGGCUGUAAUAGUUCCAGCCAAGUUAAGUUGUUUGCAUAUUUGAUAGGUUUAUCUUUUUUGCCAUGGUUUAGAAAUCUAUUAUCUUAAGACAUUAACACUACCAAAAUAAUCUGAUAUAUUAGUAGGUUACUUAUAUUACAUACAUUUUCAAUGUUAUAAUUAUUAUUCAUUAUUUUAUACAUAUUUUUUUUUAUAAACUGAUCAUAGGUACUAUAAUGAAUUCCACAAUUUAAUUAUACUACCUAUUGAUCAUCACAUAUUUGUUGACCUCGAAAGUAAGGACGUUUAGUUCUGAAAAACUAACAUUGCUUAAAUUUGCUAUGGUCUGAUCAAAUUUAUUUAAACAUAAAUAUGUAUAUUUUAGAUUAUUUUUAUUUUAUUUUCUAGAAUUAAUGGUUUUUUAUGGUAUUAUUAUUAUAAGUCACAUCUACUUCACAAAAAGUUUCCAUAUGGUGAAUAAUACAUUUUUUUUUUUUUUAAAUAUGGAUAACAUUUCAUGAUAUUGAUGCCCAUAUUGUGUAAUUUAUUCGUCACUUCCAGAAUACCAAAUUGCAUUUUAUUAAUCAAUACAAAUAAUUAUUAAUUUUACAUAUCAUUUUAAUAUUACUAAAACUAAUUUAUUUUUAUUUAUAUCUGGAAAAUUAAUUUCAAUAUCAAUGUAUUGGUAUUGAAUAAGUAAUACUUUUCAAUUACAAUUUUUUUGUCCGUUAUUUAAUAAUUUUGAUUUAAUGUUUUUCAAAAAAUCAAAAUUAAUUAAAACA